AGUGGGGAAAUUUCAUUCUGCGCUUACCAGAGCUUGCAGUCCGCCCUGUGCUGAGGACAGAGGCCACGGGAGAUCGGCCUGGAUCUGUUGCCAGCCUAGAAAGAGACCAACUCAGACACAGCUGUGUAUGCUCCCAGCAGCAACAGAAGUUCAGGCCUCGGUCUCCCUGCCCUGGAUCCCUCUGCAGGGACAGAAAGACAUGGCCUGGAUAUUGAUGUCACUUCUGCUUCUGGGAUGGGCAGCCACCAUGUGCAGCGCUCGGGACAGGAGUGACCUGCUCAAUGUCUGUAUGGAUGCCAAGCACCACAAGACAGAGCCAGGUCCUGAGGACAAGCUGCAUGACCAGUGCAGUCCCUGGAGGAAGAACGCCUGCUGCUCCGUCAACACCAGCCAGGAGCUGCACAAGGACACCUCCCGCCUGUAUAACUUUAACUGGGCCCACUGCGGCACCAUGGAGCCCGCCUGCAAGCGCCACUUCAUCCAGGACACCUGUCUCUAUGAGUGUUCACCCAACCUGGGACCCUGGAUCCAGCAGGUGGACCAGAGCUGGAGAAAAGAACGUUUUCUGGAUGUGCCCUUAUGCAAAGAGGACUGUCAGAGCUGGUGGGAAGACUGCCGCACCUCCUACACCUGCAAAAGCAACUGGCACAAGGGCUGGGACUGGACCUCAGGAGUUAACAAGUGCCCAGCCGGGGCCAUAUGCCGCACAUUUGAGUCCUACUUCCCCACUCCAGUUGCCCUGUGUGAGGGCCUCUGGAGUCACUCCUACAAACUCAGCAACUACAGCCGAGGGAGCGGCCGCUGCAUCCAGAUGUGGUUUGACCCAGCCCAGGGCAACCCCAAUGAGGAAGUGGCAAAGUUCUAUGCUGAGGCCAUGAACACUGGGGCCAUGCCCCAUGGGACUGGGGCUCUCCUGCUUAGCCUGGCCCUGCUGCUGCAACUCCCUGGCUGAGUCUAGCCCUCCCAAGACUUCCUCUCUGCCUGCCACCAGCUUGGAUGACCAGGCUGGGCUCACCUUUUCUCCCACAGAUGACAGAGCUCUAAGCAUGCCUCCAUUCAUUACCCCCCUUCUGUUACCCAGUUCCUGCUCCAUAGCUUAUGGUUCCUCUAAGAGUCAGUUCUAAUAAAUAGACUGACAUGUC